AGUUCCAGAGGAAGUUUGUACACUCCAGACACAAGCUGGGCUCUCCGUUUACAAACAAGCACAAGUAUCCAGAAGAAGGACUGCUACUGGAGGCGAUGUGACCACUUUAUGACUCCUCUCUUGGGGGAUUCUACAAGCAAAAGAUGCGCCUUUUCCUCCCUCUGCUGUGUGCCCUUUGCAUCACGCCGGUAGGCAGCUUUUACCACGGGACCUGUCCGAAAAAAGAACCUCCCCCUGGUGUGUUGGUUCUGUCCCCGGGCAGUAGCUUGGUUCUGUCCUGUGAUGGUGACGUGAAGGUGGACGGAGCAAAGGUCAAGGUGUCCAAACAGGGCUCAAACAACAACGCAGGAGAACACUCCUCCAGUGAGACACAGACCACUGCAUACAAGCCACACCGCAAUGAAGCUUUAAUAAAAGCUGAUACAAAUGCACUGAAGGGUAAGCAUGAGGAGCAAGGAGUCCAGGCUGGAAGAGAAGGAAGAUCAUCUCCUGUGUACCAAGUCUUCCAGCCUACCAGUACACCUCCAAAGGCUGAAGACAUGGACACCAGCAAGGUGACAAGGGGAUUGAAAGGGAAGUGGAAAGUGAAUGGGAAGACGGUAGGGAGAGGACACUGGGAUUGGGGAGGGUUCACAGUGGGGAGCGGAGGGGCACAACUCUCUGUGUCCUCAACGCGACCAAAGGAUUCCGGGAAUUACUCUUGUCACCACCGAGGCCGAGAGAGGUUCUCCGUAAAGGUCAUCGUGGCAGAUGCUCCAGAGAGUCCCAGCCUGUCCUGCAGCAAAAAGUCACCCAGCAGUAAGAUUCGCUGUGAGUGGACGCCUGCCAAGCCAUUGACUUUACGACCUAACUGCUACCUGUGGCUCAGUAAACGGCCCAGCGACACAUUCCAUCGUUUUCACUGUUCCUUCUCCUCCCGUUGGUCCCGCUGCUGGUGCGCUCUUGACCACGACGAGGAUGAGCUCAGAACUUUUCACAUGGCCUACUUGUGCGUGACAAGCAUGGCGGGCAACGCCACCAGCCCCAUCUUGCCCUUUUACCCUCUGGAUAUUUUGAGGCCUGACCCUCCAGCGGCGGUGUCGGUGCGACAGGAAAUAGGGCAUGAGACCAGGAUAACGGUGAACUGGACUUACCCGGCCUCCUGGAAGUCUCAAGACAGUUAUUAUGAGCUCAUCUACGAACUCAAAUACCAUCCGGUCAACUCUUCCCAUGAGCAGGUGAAGUUAAUCAGGGGCCGUCGCUCCUCCACCAUCACUGAUGCACUGUCAGGUGUGGAGUACAUGAUCCAGCUCAGAACCCAGGAUGAAUUUGAUGGUCUGUGGAGCAGCUGGAGUGCACCGGUCUAUGGCAGCAGCUGGACUGUAAGGACCCAAGAGCCUGUGGCCCUGUACGAUGACGAUUUGUUCCCUGAGUACGAAAGUUCCGGAACAGAAGACGAGCCAUCAGAAGCGCUUCCUGAAUUAAGCGUCAGUCCGGCGGCCGUGUCGCAUCACAUCCUGUGGAUCUCAUGUCCACUGGCCCUCCUCGCCGUUGUUUUCGUCGCGUGCGUGUUCAGAGACAAGGAAAAAGUCUUGUCCAAACUGCACAGUCUGAGUGUCCCCGGUCGCCGCAGAAGCCCCGCCCAGCCUGCGUCGCCUGCCACGAUCGGAGCGGAAGGUCGAGCCCUGGUGACUUUUAGCCCCCCGAGUUCCAAAGAAGAAGAGGAGGCGGGGGGGAAUGAGGACGAGCGGUCAGAGAUGGCGAGACGGGAAGCCGUUCAUUUUAACAACACGCAUUACUUCUUGAUCCAGAGCCAUUGACCCUCACGUGACAAUGGACUCUAACUGCUGAAUAAACACCAGGGAAAGCUUUUCUACCUUUUAUGAAGGAAACAUUCAGCCUUUAAGCUACUUUAUUUCACUGAUGGACCAUUCUAUUGUACAGAGAACCACGUGUUACAGUGUGGUUGAUGAUGUGGAUGAUAUGUUUGAUCAACUCUAUUAAAUAUCACAGACUCGUGAAUGUUAAGUAAUGUUUGUUUUAUUGUCUGCAAUUUUGACACGUUUGUACUUGGUGGUCACUCAUUGUAGCAGUUUGUGCACUGCAUCACUGACGGGCGUCACUGAUAUUUUUAUACAUUUUAAUCAGCUAACCAAAAAUAACA